AGGGUUGAAUAAAGUGAGGAUAAAAAUAUUUUGAAAUCGCUGGCUGUCAAAUUCUUAAUACCUACAUGUACAUACCAGCAUUAUGAAGUGAAAGCAAUCAUUGAUGGCUUUUAAUCAAGUGGAUGGGUACAUUCAUUUCAUAAUCCUCGGUGGUACCCUGGCCUGAAGCAUCCCUUAAUGCCUGUUUGAACGGACCCUUCCAUCCAGCUGUGUAAUUUCAACUUUGAAUAAUAAAGAAAUAUUUUUGUGCAUUGAACAUUUUCUUUUCUGUGGUUUGUGACUAAGGGAGUCUAAUGAACGUGGAAUAUGCAUAGAUGCAGUAACAUUUUCUUUGCAAUUUUUGUGAUUUUUUGUCCUUUAAAUGAAAGCUGAUAUUUCCGGUGGAUCCACUGCUGGAAAGUGAAAUUAGAGAUAUUCUGCUCGUCUUUCGCCAGAGUUGGAUUUGAUAUCAUAGGGUUUAACUUUAGUCUCGUGCUAUCUGGAUUCUAUUACCGGACUUUCAGCGUUACAAUGUUACAUGGAUUAUCUCCCGUCAAUUCACACAGAAUCCAACAUGAUUUCUAAAGGUGCUCUCUCUUGGCGAGUUUUCAAAGUUCAACUUCUUAAAAGUUAAGCAAAGCUAUACUCUGAAACUCUCACUGAAUCCAAUAGAAUUCUAAAGGUGCUUUUUAGGCCCUUGCGAGUUUUCAAAUUUGGAGUUCGUAGGAACACCUAUUAAGGUUUUGGAGCUUGAACUCUGAUAUUGCAUUGAUGCACUCUACAUUUACUUCUGAUGUUCUGUUGUAUUCUGAUUCAACAAAAUUAUUGGAAAAAGGGUAUUUUCUAAGCAUUUGCAAGUUAUCACAUUUGGAUUUCACAUUAGCAUGUGAGAUUUGGGAGGAACUCUCUGGUAUUGAAUUUGAGGAGUGAUGAUCCAGCGUAUUCUGAUUCAACAAAAGAAGUAUUGGAAAAAGAAGUUUGAUAGCUGAAGUUGCAUUUCAACCGAUCAGAUCUCUUGCAUACAUGUACCUAGCUAUUCAUAGUGGUUCUUUGUUCAAGCUGCCAAGCUGAUCUUGCAGAAAUUCAGCUGAUCAUACAAUUUUUUUGCCUAAAUUUUGAACUUGUUAAAAGAGGACUGCAACGGAGUGAUAUUUCACAAUGGAUAAAAAUUUUAUUCCCAAGUUAGUUAACGGGUAUCAGAGCCCCAUCAUGGCCGAAGCGCACGCUGCUGUCGGGUUUCAGUUCACUGUCACGCCUGAGGGAAUCGAUCUUAACGUCAAUCAUGAAGUACUCAAAGCUAUCUUUGAUAGCGGCAAACGAUCAUGGGCUGACAAGUUCAGGAGAUUCCAGAAUCAUAUGGUGACAACGACCUAUCCAGCGAGUCCUGCUAGUUGGUUAGCCGUCUUGGUAGCGAUCAUCGCCUGUCUUGUAGCCAAAAUGGACCCAUCACUUGGUAUAAUCGAUUUCAUCAAAGACCAUUUACUUCCGCUGAGUCUGUUGGGUGUCAUGGCAACCCGCUCCAUCUCCGUAAUCAUCUAUGUAACACUCCUUUGGCUCUUCAUAAUCUACAUGCUACGUUACAUACUCAAGCUACUUCUCUCCUAUAGAGGUUUCAUGUAUGAGGCGCAUGGGAAAAUUUCUUGGCAAACUAAGUUAUGGCUGGUGAGCCUGAGAGUGUUUUGUUCUAGACAUCCUAAGCUAUACAGCUACCAAGCUUCGUUACCAAACUUACCUCUACCAAAGCUAACAGACACCAUGGAAAGGUAUUUGAGAUCAGUCAAAGGUUUCCUAAGCACGGAAGAGUACGCUGAAAUGGAACGUCUCGCUGAAGAAUUUCAGUCGUCCAUCGGUGAUCGUCUCCAGCGAUAUCUACAGCUGAAAUGGCUCUGGUCAACAAACUACGUCAGUGAUUGGUGGGAAGAAUAUGUUUACCUUAGGGGUCGCUCUCCAAUCAUGGUCAAUAGCAACUAUUAUGGAAUGGAUGGCAUAGCUAUGAAGCCAACCUACCUUCAAUCUGCCCGGGCUGCGAAUUCUACUGUGGCUCUGCUUAAAUUCAGACGGGAGAUCGAUCACGAGGUCGUUAAACCCAUCAUGGUCCAGAAGGCCGUCCCUCUCUGCUCUCAACAAUAUGAAAGAACUUUUAAUACGACUAGGAUCCCAGGCUUAGAGACAGAUAGACUGAUCCAUCACAAAACGAGCAACCACAUUGUCGUCAUGUCUAGAGGGCGCUAUUACAAGCUUAUUAUCCAAUCAAAUGGAAGUAUCAUCAAACCAUGUGAACUGGAGAAGCAAUAUCAGCAGAUAUUGGAUGAUCCUGAUGAGCACCAUGGUGAGCAGCGUCUAGCAGCACUCACUGCAGGAGAUAGAAUUCCCUGGGCUGCUGCGCGCCAACGAUUCUUCAUGUCCGGUGUGAACAAGUCUUCUCUUGCUGCCAUAGAAACGGCUGCGUUUGUUGUCGUCUUGGAUGAAGAGGAGCAUGAGUAUGAUGUCGAACCACUCCGUGAGUUUCUCCAGAACCAAUCAAUACCAGCCUGGUUCAAGGGAGACCCUUUCGCACCAAAGGAUGAGGGUGAUGGAAAGUUAGACAAGUAUGCGGCUUCACUUCUCCACGGCAACUGCUACAACCGCUGGUUUGACAAGUGCUUCAAUCUCAUCGUCUUUAAGAACGGUCAUAUGGGAGUCAACGCUGAGCACUCACUGGCUGAUGCUCCGAUCUACAGUCACACGUUUGAGGAUGCUGUCGCAGAGGACAUCCUCUUCAUGGGUUACACUCCGGAGGGACACACUAAAGGAGAAUCAUCAAGAGUGCUGAAACCCCCUCAGAGACUACAAUGGGAGGUUCCAAAGGAGUUGGAAGACAUCAUAGAAACAAGCUACCAGGUCGCCAAGAAGCUUGUGGAUGAUGUUCAGAUUCAUGUCCGUGUUCAUAACAAGUUUGGUAAAGGUGCUAUGAAGAAGUGUAAAGUUAGUCCAGAUGCUUUCAUUCAGCUUGCUAUGCAACUUGCCUAUUACAGGGAUGCUAGUCGUUUCUGCCUGACUUACGAGUCAUCCAUGACCCGCCUAUACCGAGAAGGUCGUACGGAGACCGUCAGGUCGUGCACAGUAGAAUCAUGUGACUUUGUACGCACCAUGGAAGACCCUGAUAGCACAAAAGAAGAGAAGCUGGCCAAGUUAAGGAUUGCUGCUAACAAGCAUGUACAGAGCUACCGUGAUGCUAUGUGUGGCAAGGGAGUUGACAGGCAUCUCUUCUGUCUCUAUGUCGUCUCUAAAUAUCUGAACCUUGAUUCACCGUUCUUGAAGAAGGUUUUGAGUGAACCAUGGCGGCUGUCUACUAGUCAGACAGCGCCCUCACAGUCAGGUAAAGUCAACGUCAACAAGAACCCAGGAUGCCUGUCAGCAGGAGGAGGUUUUGGACCGGUUGCUGAUGAUGGUUAUGGCGUAUCUUACAUCAUCGCUGGAGAAAAUCUGAUCUUCUUUCAUGUAUCAUGCAAGAACACUGCCGGCAACACGAAUGCUUUACGCUUUGGAGAUAACAUCGAGAAGGCCCUGGCUGACAUCUUAGCCAUGUUUAACACGGAUAACUAACUUCAUUCAUGUACAAACCAAGACCAGCACAAAAAUGUAUUAUUAUUCAUUCAGCAAAAACCAAGUUCAGGAACAACCCCAGUCCAACCUCUAUACAUUGGUACAUAAUAAUAGAUAAAUAAUCUGUUGUAUAUUUCAUGUGUACUGUGCUAUGAAAGAAUACCACUUCCCGUUUUAGACAAUAAUACGUAGGCUACUUUUCAAUUUCAUCAUGUUAUGUAAUGUUGUUUUGGAAUGUAAUGCACAUAUAUCUCGGAGUAAAUACAGCAAAGAAAUAACUGAAUCGUUGUUAGUAUAAGCAAACCUGUAGAAUACUCUCAUUUAAUACGAAGCAGGAGUAUUUAUUUCCUAGAUGAUAUGGUGCUCAUAUACAGAAGUACCUGAAACCCUUGCAGGAUUUUAGUCAGAUAUCCAACUGAUAAUGUUUUUUGGAAGAGUUAUAGGAUUAUUGUAUUAAGAUUGAACAUAAGAAUCAAGGUAAUUAAAAUGUAUUAUAAACCAUUCAUUCAGAUGAUAGUGUGUUAUAUGUACCUCUGUCUAUGAAUCUUGCCCUCUGAUUGGUUGAUAAUGGAGCUGGGCGUUAGACUAUGUCAUGUGCAUUAGUCUAUUCUGCAACAUAGUUGAUGCUCUAUACUAUAUAUGCAUGAAUUGCAUUGCCAUGAAAUAAACCAUAUAUUUACUACCUUUCACAGAAUUGUGAGCCUGUUUCGUGAAGGGACUUUUUGGGCAUUUUAUCAUGCAAUAUCAUGCUAUUUUAUUUGGUUACCAUAGUGACAAUGCUUUUCAGCAAAGCAAAUCAAGGGACAGUUGUCAGAUUUGAAAACUUGGACAACAAAAUGUAGAUGAAAUGCUCUCUGGGUAAUACAUUUUUUAGUGAUGCAAUAUAAACAUUUAUUGCCUCUGUUGUUAUAGUAUAUUUUGUUCAUGAUAUCAAGUUAGAACUAUAUCCCUUGAGUUGUCCUGUGGUAUAUCACAGAUUCUAGAUCUCUGGUUAACGGUUUAAACUAAUCCCCCUCAGUGAUGUCAUAUUUGAUAUACUAUGCCAUGAAUAUUUUUGUGUUUUUACUAUCAUUGAAAUUGUUUUCAAAAUGUUCUAGGCUUUCUUGUGUCAUGCUGCAUAUUAUUUAAUGUUUUUUUUGUUGUUAUUCUGAAGUUUGGUAACAAAGGAUAGUAGUAUUUUCUUUAUCAUUGCUUCGGCCUAUAUUUUUCUAUGUCCAUACCAUAUUAUUAAGUUUAUGUCAUACUUCUAUAUUUAUUGAGUGCAUUCUGAAAUAGAAAACUACACUUAUUAACACUUAAAGACCUAUUCUGCAGUCUUGAACAUACAAAAAUAGUUACUCGUUUAGAAGCUAUUCAUUUAGAAUACCCUCGUAUUUAACUUGAUAGAGGCAUUUUGAGCAAUACUUAUAGUAAUAUGAAUAAUAUAUAAAUAUCAAAUGUAAAUCUGCAGAGUUAAAUGAGUAAAUAUGCAUAAUGUUUGAGAUUUGAAUAGUUUGUAAAGCUGGCCGACCCCCCCCCCCCCCUGUAAAGCAAACCUUUUUGUUUGAAUGAGAUUUUUAUAAAAAAAGACAUAAGUACAUGUACAUAAAUAAAUAUGAUAAUAAUUAUAAUAAUGAUAUCAAUGUAUAUGGCACAUUGAUUAGACAUUUUGAUGCACUUUACAUUAAUCUUAUCAUGUAUUCUGUAUGAUCCGCUGUUCACAUGAUUGUGUAUCGGUUAUAAGCAAAGUUUUGAAGUGUUUCAAAUUGAAGUGGUGAACUAAUGGUUUUUGAUAUUAUUAAGAUAGAAGUAAACUUCCCAAGAUGAGUUUACUAAUUAUGCUAUUAUUAAUUAACAUUGUUAUCAAUGCUAUUUGAUAUCAAACAUGGUUUAUAUCUUUCCUUUUGGGAGAAAUACAUUUAUUUGAAAUACCCCCUGUUUCAGAAAUAGUCUAGUUUUGCUGCAUGUUAUUUAUUCACAUAUAUUUUGUUGUUGUUGCUAAAUCCUCUUUUAUAUUGAGAUUAGAUUCAAAGAUAUAAAACGUUGUUUAAGGCGAGUGAUGCCAAAAGCACUCUUGUAUGAAAUAAGUGUUUGUGAACGGAUGUCCAUGUAGAAUAUUUUCUUGCCGUUAUUCUAUUACUGGUAUGGUAUUGCUAUGUGUUAGCCUUACGCAAGGUGUGUGUUGAGGAAAUAAUCAAUCAGCCAUGUGGAUGUCUUUUAUAGUGCUAUUAGGGGAUGCAACAGCACCCCCCCAAAAAAAAAAGAAAAAAGUGAGUGAAAAAGGGGGCUACCAAUGCACUUUAUUAUAUGGGAAAACCUCUUUAUAGGAACAUUAAAAGAGUUGGGAUUUGGCCAGGAUAUUGUUUGAUCUUCUAGUCAUGAAAACAAAUAAAAGGGAUUACUUUUUCUUGAAAUUCUAGGUAUAAGGUUUUGUGACCCCAACAAAAAUCGCUUAAGGAUGUAAUUAUUAUUUGUAGUAAUCAAAUCAAAGGAAAUAUUUGUUGAGUGAUAAAAGUAUUAUUGAAAAGAAAUUUAUGUGUUCCCAAGUUUCCUUUCUUGAGGUAUAUUUUGAAUACUGGUGAGUAAAUUAAGUGCUGAUUUAGAUUUGUCUAUAAUGUGUCAAUUGUUUUGGGGGAAUUUGUUAUCCUGUCUUUAGUUUCAUUCAAAACUGACGCUGGCUUUAUAAUGAUAACAGUUGCUUUUUGAGGGAAUGCUUUGCAUAUGAAUAGAUUAUAGAUUGACUUUUUUCAGUAAUUUUACCUCAUACUUAACAAGUACCUCAUUCAUUCUUGUUCCUUUUACACCUCUGUCUGAUGUAUCGAUCCUUUAUUUAUCCAUAAGAAGUCAAAUAUUAUGGUUAUGUUUCGUCAUCCAUGUAGGUUUUGUUAAAUUAGUCUUGUACGACUGAUAUGAAGAGAUUUUUAUUGCUUGUCUAAUUGUUUCUGGAACAAAAUAACCUCAGUGUAUUUUGUAGUGCAACCCUUUUUUUGUUUUGCUUGUUUUCACAAUUUUUCUUGGAACAAAAUGACCUCCAUCUUGAAGUGAAAACCCUUUUUUUUAGCUUGUCAACUUUUUCCUGACAUAAAUCACUGUGAAUUGGGAGUGAAGACCCUUUUUGGGGAGAGGUGAGGGGGGCUUUUUAAUUUUAUUUUCUGUACAAAAAUGCCCCCCUUUUGGAAAAUCCUGGAUCCGCACCUAGUUGAAUCUCUUAUGACCACAGGAAUCUGUUCCACUUUCUCAGAAUUUGACUCAUGUUUUUCAUAUUCUGAUUGAUAAUAAUGUGUUAGGUGAUUAUUCGACUUAUGGAAGGUCGACUUGUGCAUUUAUGGACUAUCUGUUUGGAUUUAUUUAAAAAAAACCUCUUUAGCAAUGGGACCAAUAUAUUUUAUAUACUCCAUGUUGAACAUUUAUUCAUUACAGCAUUAUAAUUUGCUGAAACCAGAUCCUCUGAAUAGCAUUGGAAAUAUAUGUAAUAUCGUUGAAUCAUUGUGGCUCAGCCAAUUCAGGUGUUCAACUGCAGACAUUCCUUGGUCUUCAGACAGGGAAAGUAAUGUAAAGAAUAGGCCAAUACUCCUAAGAGGACAAGAAACUGACUUUUUUUUUUUGGGGGGGGGGGCUACUUUUAACAACGUACUGCCUAAAUCUGCAACAUUAGCAAAAUUUUAACACUGCAAUGAAUAGGAUUUUCCAGGAAUUCUCUUUGAGUUACCGUGGCUCGUUUUUAGCAUUUCGGAAGCUAAAUUACCUUGAGCCCACAUGCUUUUUUCCCCCUGCCCCCCAUAGUAGGGACGGAGUUCAUGCAUUUUGUUUGUGGAUAAGCAAGGAGUUGAUGAGCAGUGUCGUGAUAUAUAUACCAAGUGUCUAGGGAUAUGGACAUUUUUCUUGUGAAAGCCGACAUUGAGAUAAGCAUGAAUGCAACCAUUCUCCAGGCUAGGGGAGUCUUUCAUGAAGUAGUCCUGUCAGUGAUUUUCACUGACAAAUAUCCUCUGAGCCACAAUAGUGAAUAUCUUAUCCAUGGAAUGUUCCCCAGUGUUUGAUUAGCGCAAAACAAUAAAAUGGGACCAAGAAAUGCUUCUUUACAUGAAGAAAACAGAUCUAUCUAUGGCUCUUAUCUUUGUGAAAAUCGAAGUGCUUGUAUCAUAUUUGAUACCUUUGUAGUUAUUUGGUUGAGGUAGAUUAAACAUGGAGAUUUUUAAAUUCAAUAUCAUGUUCGUACUGAUUCAGCAUGCACGUUCACAUUCACAUCUAGACUUUCUUAAUGCUUGAUUACUACCCAGAAUUUUAUGUUUUAGACAUUCAAACCACUGUGACUGUUUAAGAAGAGGUGUUUUUGAAUCAAAAUCAUCUAUAAACCAGUUUUGAGAUCUUUAAGCUAAAAAAUAUCUCCCAUUUGAAUAGAUUGUAAUGAUUUGAUUGCUAAAUCAUCUAUAUCAAUCUUUUCUUUGAAGAUGGAAUGGUCAUGUAAAUGAAUGUUCUUUUUCAGACUGAAGUUUAAAUUCAUGAUUUUCUAAAUCACUUUUUUAGUUGUGCAGAAUUGCCCAUUCUAUUUCUUUUCCCGAUUCUACUUUGCAUCCCUGAUUAAGACCACUGAAAAAUGAAUAAAAUAGGACAAUUAUAUCAAGAUUAA